GCCAUUUCUUCCUUCUCCUCCUUCGUCGGCGCCAGAGGACUGAUCCUCGGUUCCUCCCUGUCGACUUCUUCCUUCCUGCUUCCCUCCUUAGUCGGCUCUUAUCCACCAAUAUUACGAAACCAUCGAUUUCUUCCUUCCUGCUUCCCUCCCUGUCGACUUCUUCCUUCCUGCUUCCUAUCUCCCUUCCUUCGUCUUCCCUUCUCUACGCAACCAUCGAUUUUACAUUCUCCCUUAUUCGCCCAUCCUUCGUCAGCCGCCGAAGACCCGCAGACCGCUCUCCAUCACGCUCCGUCAAGUACGAUAACCUCUUCUCCUGCUUUACCUGUGUGUUUUGCGCUUCUAGUAGCCUCAGAUUUCGAGUUUGAGUCUUGCGAAUUUAGGGUUCCACGGGGUUUUUUGGGAAAUUGUUGGUUUUCGUCCAGAUUUUUGCGGUUCUAGUUGCUUCAUUUUCGAUUUCUAUUUGCACUCACGGGUUCUCUUGGGAAACUUAUGGGUUUCGCCGGACUUUGGGUUCUUUUGAGAAAUCAGGGACUUAUGGGUUCUUCUUGGUAUGGAGUACGGUUUAGGCUAUGGUUUCUUUCAUUUGUGAAUGGUUGGUUUGUCGCAGAAGUGAAGGGGAAACUAUGGUUGCUUAACUCGGUCUUGCCUCGUGUUUGUUUCAAUUGAUUCGGUCGGUUGUCGGUGGUGAAUAUGUGGAUUUCAAUUGUCUCUAAACUUCAUUUUGUUGCUUGUUUUCAGUUGAUCAACUAUGGAAGGGUUGAUGGAUGAUAUGAGCACAGGCAAGGACACGGGAAUUGACUUGAAUGUUGGUUUAGAUUGGGGAAUGGAUUAUGGAGAUGAUACCGGUGGUGUUAGAGAUAGUGACGAUAUGGAGGACAAUGUCGACACCACCGAUAGUGAUUCUGAGGAUGAUAAUAACACUAACUUUGGUGAUGAUGAUAAAGAGAACAUCUCAGAUGAGCAUUUGCACAGCUUCGAAACACAGCCACACAGCUCAGAUGCACCUCUACACAAAGAUGCUGCAAAUCCAGCCAUGGCUCCACCGUACUCGAGUAUGUAUGACUGGACCUUGCUUGAUAAAGUCGGGAAUGGUAAGCCAUAUUCUAAAUGGGAGUCGGAUGAUGUUGUGGGUUAUGAGUUUGAAACCCUUGUGGAGGCUGCCAAGUUCUAUUCAACUUAUGGUUGUGCCAUGGGAUUCAGCGUACGGAAGAACACUCACACAUAUUCAAAAUAUGGAGUUAAAAAUAUGCAGCGAUGGGUUUGCUCACGCGAGGGGGAGCGUCAACCAGUGCACAAUGACAAGGAGAACAGAAAGCGUGAACCUAGGCCUGUAACAAGGCUCCAUUGUCCGGCAGCUUUCAAAGUCAGUUUUGUUGAGGCAACUAACCGAUUCAAGGUGAAACAGUUUAUACCAACACAUUUUCAUCACUUAGCUGGAGCACAUGAAGUGCAGUUUUUGAGUUCUCAUCGCAAGGUAGAUGACGCAAGUAAGGUUCAGAUUCGAUCACUUAGGGCUGCUGGUAUUCGCACCAAUCAAAUAAUGGAUUAUCUAGUGAAUUGUGCGAGAAGCUUUCAGAACUUGGGUUUCACUAAGACCGAUGUCUACAAUUUUGUUAGUGCGGAUCGGAGGUCGGAGAUCUUGGAUAGUGAUAGUGAAGCUGCACUUGCCUACUUACAAGCACGGGCAACUACCGAUCCUCGUUUUUAUUGUAGAUAUACAGUAAGUGAUGGUGGUGAACUAGGCAAUAUGUUAUGGGCUGACUCUUCUUCACAAUUGGAUUAUAGUCUCUUUGGAGAUGUUCUUGUUUUUGACUCGACGUACAAAACUAAUGCAUAUAAUCUUCCAUUUCUUCUAUUCAUUGGUGUGAAUAAUCACAAUGCAAGCACUGUUUUUGCAUGUGCUUUACUUGCGGAUGAAACGGCGGAGAACUAUGUAUGGAUUCUAAAUGCUUUUUUACAUUGCAUGGGUGGUAAGAAGCCAACCGCAGUUAUAACAGAUGGUUGUUCUUCAAUGAGGAAAGCUAUCAAGUCGAUUCUCCCUGGAUCCCGACAUCGGUUAUGUUCUUGGCACUUGGGCAAUAACGCAGAAGCGCGUGGCCAUGCGGAAGGCUUCCGGGAGGAUUUCAAACGAUGCAUGCUAAACUGCAGUUCUAUUCCACAAUUUGAAGCUACGUGGAAGGAAAUUUUGUCCAAGUAUGACCUGGAGCACAAUGCGUGGAUGAAGAAGAUGUAUAGGCGACUCUAUGGGCCACAACUUACUUGAAAGGUAUUUUCUUUGCUGGGAUGACUACGUCACAACGUUGUGAGAGCAUGAACUCUUAUCUAGACAAAUUCUUGCAAAGUAAGAUGAAGUUGUUUGAGUUUGUCAAGCAGUUUGACAUGGCACUUUUGUAUAGGAGACAAACUGAGUUACAUGACCAGUUUAAGACAAUACAUACUGAUGUUGUUU